AUGGCGUGGUUGCAGCGCUUGGAGGCGAUCCGAUUCUACGCCGGCCCGUCUCUGAAAAACAAGCGCAUCUCGCAAUGGUCAAUCAUCGACAACCAGCUCGAGUUCCUCCGCCGCCAGGAGCCCAUCUACCAACAAGCGUUUUUCGGCCUGAUGGUCGAGAAAGAUAGCGAGCUGUUCGGCUCCGGCCAGGCUUACUUUAGGGACUUGGAAACCAACGUCGAUUGGGAGAUGCCCAUCGACAACAACGCGCUGAACACCUCCACAAAUCCUCAUAACCCUGCACCCAAUCUAAACAUAUGCAUAUCUCAUCCGUGCUUCUCUCUGUUGACUCAUCAAGUCCUCCCCUUCCUUUGGGUCCAUCUGCUCGGCCUACCAAUUGCCCGCGCUUCUGGUGGUGGUAGCAGCCCUCCAUUUUACUUUCUGCCUGAUUUGUCUUUCUUGUUGUAA